AUGGAAUUUCUGACUCCUGAAGAGAAAGGUCUGGUCAAAGGCUCAUGGAGCAAGGUGAAUGUAGAUGAAAUUGGCGGUGAGGCCCUGGACAGGCUGCUGGUUGUCUACCCUUGGACUCAGAGGUAGUUUGACUCCUUUGGGGACCUGUCCUCUGCUGAUGUCAUUAUGAGCAACAGUAAGGUGAAGGCCCAUGGCAAGAAAGUACAGAACUCUAUCAGUGAUGGCCUGAAAAAUUUCGAUGACCUCAAGGUUGCCUUUGCUAAGCUCAGUGAGCUGCACUGUGACAAGCUGCAUGUGGAUCCUGAGAACUUCAUGCUCCUGGGCAACAUGCUAGUGUGUGUGCUGGCCUGCCACCUUGGCAAGGAAUUCACCACAGAGGUGCAGGUUGCCUAUCAGAAGCUGGUGGCUGGUGUGGCCAGUGCCAUGGCGCACAAAUACCACUGA